GCCUACUUCAGAAUGAAUGAACUGAAAAUUGACCUAUUUUCACUAAAAUAUAUACUAAAUACUUUUCAUUUAAAAUAAAUAAUUUAAAAGUACAUGAUUUCACUUUAAUAUCAGCUUACGGAGAAAUAAAUAUAAUUAACAUACCUCUAACAAGCUUACCGUUGCAGAGUAAUAUUACGAAGCUUAAGACUGACACAUUCUUUAUCCACAUACCUAUUUAGUUUCUUUGCUUUAUUUAGGUAUAACAAAAAAGGCGUUUAUUUAUGCAGUUUUUCUUCCAAAUUCUGAACGUACGUACGAACUCCGUGGUCAAAACGUACCUAGGUAUGUAAUCAAUUAACAUUAAAAUCUUUAUCAACUGGGUUCUCGUUAUUAAUACCCAUUUUAGGAUUCAAAUAAAACUUAUGUAAUGCAUUAGCAUCGAUACCGUACCUACUUACCUAGUACCUAAUAUUUUUACGUGCGCAUUUCUAUUCGCGUUUCUUUUUCUUCCUUCUUUUUGUACUAUAACUUGUAUCCGUUGUUCGUCGUGCCCAAAUCGGACAAUCGAAUAGCAAAUCACGUCCUCGAAUACGAACAGAAGACAAUGUUUUAAUUGUGAACAUGAACUUAUUUCAACGUAACGGAGACUAUCAGAAGACAUAAAUUAUUAUGCUUUAAGCCAGGGGUGGGCAAACGACCGCCCGCGGGCUAUCUACGACCCUCGAAUAGUACAAGUCGAGUCCACGACUACCAAACAAAAAACCAUUAUUCUCAACAAAAAAAUAAAAAAAUCAUAUGUUCCGUCAAGAAACACGCCGCGCCGCUGCCGAACGCUACCUAUUUACUUCGCAGCAAACUCAGGGGCGUAUUUGGCUACUUCUCCAAACAAAAAAAUAACGUCUGCUUGGAGAAACUAGGUUUCUUAAAAUCAAUUUGUAAUUUAAAAUAUUGUUUAUUGUAGUUUAGCAUGCAGCAGCUAAAUAAAAGUGUUUAAAAACUUAAAAAAACAACGUAGUUUUAAUGAAUCAAAUAAAUUUCAUUAUAUAUAAAGUAUUCCAUUUCCAGAAAAUUAUAGUAUUCCAUACCCAUUACAAUCUCCUCAGUAACGGUAAUGGUGCUGGCUGAAAGAUCCCUGACACUGAAGCAGUAGUCACGCAUCCCGUCCCAACCUGCCGACCCAUAGUGCCAGAGCCGGAUUCGACCACCGCUGACGCGGAGGCUUGGCUUGUGGCGGUUGGACAGAUGUCAGACAAUGAUCCGACGAGCUCCGUAGGGCUCUAACCACAACCUGAUAUCCCUGUUGAUGAGUCGUUAGCAAAUGGUCCAAGAAAGAGGGCGCUUGACUUGGAAUAUCUGGGAACCUGGUAGGCUGAUCAAACAGUUGCUUCAAAUCAUGCGUGUCAUCAUCAUGCGAGCGAAUGCGUGAACAGAGAUCCCUGCAUGGUCAGUUUUGGGAGAACCUAACCACAAACUGUAGCAAGUAUUAAAAUCCCCCGAAAACACCAAUGAUGCAUUUGGAAAUUGCUCCUGCGCUUCAUCUGUUACCCGACUAAGAUAUUCGAAAAGUUGAGAUACUUUAACGUCACCAGUAUGAGAUCUGUAGAGGCUCACGUGGACUUUAGCCCAAGGACCAGAGUCCACGUGAACGCUCAACAUAGAAAAGGAGGGAACUUCCGCCUGAACAUACAGGCAUUCACCGGUUUUCGCUUUGAGGGUCUCUUCAAGCACGUAGCCCUAGAUAGUAGAUAAUUUAGGGAGCCUGUGGCUGCGGACGCAAUUAUUUUUGUCUCCGUCAGAAAGAGCUUGUUUCCCCGUGUAACUUUCUAAAGAAUGGAGAAACCUAUGGGACGGGAGGAAAGGCCCCGUAUCCCCCUGCAGCGGCCGCCGGGGCCCCAACGGGGCUCUCGGACUGGAUAGGAACGCUAGGGCCCAGGACCGUACCCGCGGCGGCCAGCACGUCAGCUAUAUCUACGAGUCUCCCUGACCGGGGGGCAAGUCGAUGCAUCCUCUCGUCAUCGGUUCGAAGGAUGCCUCUACUGGACCGAGGCUUUCGCGGCAAAAUUGAAUAAUUUCGAACGCCCGGUUUCGUACUGGUUAGUAGACGGUAAAACAUGGCUAAAACUCUUACGAUUACAGCUAUGUUAACGAGACCAAUCAUUUAUUUAUGGCUAAAAGUAUUAUAGUGAGUGAUCCUGAUUAUUAUUGUAGAACCUCCAACGGCAACCGCAAUUAUUAUAUAAGAAGCAGAGGGAUAACGGGAUAGAUAACCAGACAAGAAGUUUAUUUGUGCGAUCGGCAUACAUUAACAAUAAAAAAAAAGGAUAAUGGUGUCGAUUCUGGCGUGAUUCUCUAAACUUCAAACUAAUUUUAAAAUCAGUCUCUAUUUUCCUUCUGUAUAGAGAAUGACCAGAAUACUGUUGCCAAAUUUACGUUUAGGUUUAGAGAAUUAUGCCAGAAUUGACACCAAUGUCCCUACUAAUAAUUGAAAAUUAAGGUAAUCUACUUUUAUAAGAUAGUAACACUGCACCCUUCUGUCAAAAAAUAAAUUCAGUUCAGUUCCUAAGUUUUUUUUUUGGCGGGAUUUCAUCGAGUGCGGUUGGCGUCUUAUUUUAAUUAUUCUUAAAUUCGUUCAUAGUGGAUAUUGUGUAAUAAAAUUGGUGUGGUUUUGUGUAACAACUAUCUGCGUAACUGAAGAAUUAGUGGAAUCAUUAAAAUAUACGCUAUUCCAGUCAAGUGGACGUGAGAAUUUUAUUGUAGUGUUGACUACCUCACAGAAGCUUAUCGAAAAAGCCAACUCGAUACAUUUCGUGCCAAACACUCCAAGAAACAUUAGAAUGCGUCACACCGACAUUCUAAUGUAAAAACAAUAAGAAGAUUAAUUUAAUUGAAGACCAGGCUGUAUGGGCAUUGUUCCCUUUGCCUUCCCUAAAACGGGAGAACUUCAACAAAAAAAAAAUCAGUUCCUAACCUAAAACAAAAAUAUUUAGAAUAAAAUAAUUAUUUACGUAACUUUAUCUGCUAUCCAGCCAAUAUUUUAAUUUUGAUAAUGAAUAGUUCUUUAGUGAAAUUAGCACAGGUGCAUUCAUAUUGUAAAGUGACAAAACUUUAUAAUCAGAUUAGAAUCUUCACAUAUUUAUUCAGUAAUUUGUUACUUUUUCAGAAUUGCUUAACGUCCAAACCCCCAUUGGUCCAAUGGGCAUCAAUAGCAGCAUCCCAAAUACACACAUCGGCACCUAUGUGUCGAGUAGUGUCAGGCAAAUAUAGAAUAACGAAGAAGCGCGACAGACCUCUUACCUACGAAAUGGCCAAUCCACCUCAUUACAUAGCGCAUCGGAAGUCAUGGAACUCUUGGAAUACUUCAAGUUUGAAAGAUGGACUUCGAAGAUCAGAGACUGCACUUGAAGAUGAAUUCAUCAGAAGAUUCAUGACAGGAACAUGGCAUGGAUUAACGUGUAGUGAGAUAAUAGUGAAGAGACAGUUCAACCACAUCAGGGUAGCUGCUAUAGUGAGACGAGCAGUCUCACCAACCAAAAUGUACUUCCUUCUGGGAUACACAGAAGAACUUUUGUCAAACUGGCUGCAGUGUCCUGUCACCUUAGAGUUGCAAACUGUAGACAGUUUUAAAGAUGUUGUUUUCAAAUAUAUUUAAAAUUGUUUUAGUUAGUAAAUAAGGUAAUUAGAUUUAUUUAUAGUAAACAUUGCUAUUAUCAAGUUUUUUGUUUUAUCUUUGAACUCAUAUGCAAAAAUUGUGAGGACUAAUUCACUUAAUAGGCUAAAUCUGGUUAAAGUAAUAGUAUUGAUUUGAAUAUUACACCCCUCAAUGUUAACUCAUAUUAAGAAGUGAAUGUAUGAGUCUGCUAUUGCCCAACUGUCAUUCUGAAUGUCAUAGCUCCUCAGUUAAUGCUCAACCUCAACUAAAAUUAUUCCAUAAAAAUUGGUUAUUCAGUUAUUUUCUAAAUUAAUAUAAUAGUUAAAUGUUUUAGCUAAGUUUCAAUAUAAAUAAUAGUGUUCAUAAAGCAAAAUAUAAAUUAAUAAUUCUUAAGAGAGCCAAAAUAGAUAAAGCAACUUCAUACUUUAACGCUUCUUGAAAAAGCAGUGGUUGGCCAAUCAUUUCUGGGUUCCUCAUUUCACUCUAUAUUGUAUGUAUAUGAAAGUUAUGGGUUUAUUGCUCUUAAUUUAUUUAUGAAUAAAUGUUGGAGAACCAAUAUGACCUGACAGACUAAGCUUAUUUCGCUUGCAUAAUGUAAGUGACGGGACUUGUGAUGACGAUUGUUUCUAAAAUAACUGUACUACUGCCAAACAUGGUGAAAUUGAUAUAAUAUUCAUAUACAUGCGGGGGGGGUCGCGGUAGCAUAAUGGUCAGUGCGGCUGUCACCGACCCCGAGCCCCAUACAAUUUUAAGUCAUAUCACCUAGAAAGAUUUAUGAUCUUAAAAUGGGGAAAGUUUAUCUAUAACUAGCUGACCCAGCGAACUUCGUACCGCCCUAAAAAAAUAGGGUGUCCAGCGGACAAAAUUGUGAAUCUAAACCAUUCUCAGAUCCCCUUGAACACACACAAAAAAUUUCAUCAAAAUCGGUCCAGUCGUUUAAGAGAAGUUCAGUGACAUACACACUCACAGAAGAAUUAUAUAUAUAAAGAUAUAGUACCCCAAGCACGAAUUUUCUGCACGUGCUUCUGAGAGCAGGCGAAACCAUGAAAGCUGGUAUAUGGUAUAUACAGGCUGUAAAAAAUCCUGUAACGAAGUCGAAGGCCACGUAUUUUCCACAUCAUGACGAUAAUAUUUUUCUUCUGGACCAUAGCUGAGAAACUGAUGGUUAUGGAGAUAUUGAAGAUCAGCCACAAUUUUUUUUUCAAGAUUUAUACAUUAAUAUUUUCAAAACGUUUUUUAGAAACUUUUUAUCGAUGCACUUACACACACAUACACACAGGCACAUUCUUUGCGUAGCGCCACAGUAGCGUGCCGCGCUAUACAUUGCGUACUGGAAAAGAUUUUUUUUAACUUAAGGCGUUUAGCAGAUGACGGGGCGGGGGGGGGGGGGGUCAAUUUCGCCGCGAAUAAUAGCACAAAGUGAAUCCUAUACUUCAAACGCACACAGAGGGCCAAAAGACCGCGCCGCAGGUGCCCGGCGGGCAGACGCGGUCUUUAUUGCUUCGCGGACAAAAUGCCCGCCCCGCCCCGUCGUCUGCUCAAACGCCUAAACAUACAAAUGAUUCCCGCGUAUUAUACUUUUGUAGUAUUACUUGUUUGGGUGUACAAAAUGCUUAGUUUUAUUCUUUGUCAUUGGUUUUUUUUUUACACCUUGUACAUACUUAGGGCAAAUUUAAAUAAAAGUCAGUUAUAAAAUUCAUAUUCUUCUAUAAUUUGAUUCAUUCAAAUAUACAUAAUGUAUCAACAAACAGAACAGCGAGACGCGGGCCGCGCAGGCGCGCGCGCGCAUUACGCCGCUCGACACAGCAUCGAGCCAUAACGGAACUUCUGCACAUACGCUUUGUACUUUAUACUAACACACCUUCAACUGCACACCACCUCAUUUUGUAUGCGGCGUCGUCAUAAUUAGCCACUAUCUUACGAUGACACAAUGCUUUAUCGUCGUGCGAUGAUUUUCAAACAAAGAUUUCUUUAAAAGUGUCUUAGCUCGUAAGCCGUUUCACGAGCACGCGUACAUUAUUUUGAUCGCACGACGAGGAAGCAUCGUUUCAUCGUACGAUCGUUGUCAGUUAGAACGACACCUGACACAAAGAAAUACUGCGGUUUCACAAAAUGGAGUGGAGUGCAUACUUGCUACAUUUACUGCGACAUGUCCCUUCGUAUUUUGUCCUUUAAGAAUUAAUUUUCUCAUAAAUGCCUAUGGUGUCUCUCUCAGGUAAAUUUGUAUUGUCUAUCACAGUGACGUAAAGCAUUUGUCCUUACAUACUAGUGAGUUUAAACAUUGGAUCUUAUCAUUAAAUCACCAUAAAACACAUUUAGUAAAGUAGUUAAGGUGCUUCAGAAAAUAUCAUGAUAUUUUUUUUUUUCUUUUUAAGUCUCAAACAGUCUUUUGUAUUGAGCUAAUUCGAUAGGGCCUGUGGAAUGUCUGUUGUGUUACACCUUACUAUAUUUUAACACUAGCGGUUCCCUUUGCUGUGAAUGGAUUCGAUGUCAGUGUGCGCAGAAGUCCAAACGGCUGACAUUAUGCGACGGCUCGCUCGUUGUUUAGCAUUAAUUGCUAUCGAAAUUACAUAUUUACAAAAUAAAUGUACAGACAACAUGAAGGCUUCUCGUGGUAUUCAUCCAAUCAUAGUCCAAAACGUUUACGCACACUAGAUCUGACGAAACUCCCCACUCACUAGGAAUACAUUAUAAUAUUAGCACGUACAGUGCGUUGAUCGAUCACAUAUUUACAUAACACAUAUAACAUGAAAUUAUAAUACAAAUAUGUACAAAAAGAUUACUGACAUUAAACCAACAACGAUUUAUUUGAUGAAAAUAUAAGUACAGAGUCGAUAAGUAGGAAGGAAAGGUUAAUUGUGUUCGUGAGAAGUUUCGACAGCGCAACAUAAAAUUAUUUUCUCAAUUUUGGAUGGCAUCAGAUUUGUAAUAUGAUUCGUUAACUUUGAAAUAUACUCACAAUCAAAGAAACUAGCUGCACACAUAAAAGUUGAGUAUUUUUGGAUUACAUUUUUAAUUUAAAAUUAAUUAGUUAAUUAGUUCGAUUUGAAAUAUUAUUAAUGCGAUUUAAGUAUCGAAACGUGUGGGCAGUUUCUUUGCACGCGAGUGUAUAACAAACGUGUGCGCGAUGAUUAUUAUAAAACUCUAUUUCAACUACACAAUGCUACAACUAUUAAGUAAAAAUGUCCAUCAAAAUUCUAUUAAAAAUAAAGAGAUCAUAUAUGUUCUACUACAAAUAAGAUAAACUUGUCACAAUAAAGCUCUCAUUAUUCAUAAGCGAUACUUACGCAUCGUAACUGUGUUCUAUUGGUUUAUUUCAAUACUGAGAAUUCUAUCAUACUAAGGUUCACUGUAAUUUAGUUGUAUAAAAAAAAUAUAAGUGAUAAAUCUUUAUAAAGCGUAAGUAUAACUCACAAAUUAGCCAAGUUUCAGUAAAGCCAAAUCUUACCACAAAAUGUUUAAUUGCUCCUCAAUAAUAAUUAUAAUAUGUAUUGCUAUUGACGUCAUUGUUCAAAGAUCGAGUAAUUUUCAAACUUUAUUAUGCUUUUGUAAAUGCAAAAUUAAUCACUAGACGUAUUUAUUUUUGAGAUUGUAAUCAAAUUAAAUUAAUACAAAUUUUAGAGCAUUGUGUGAAGGCAAAUCGGAGUCAUGAAAUUGAAAUAAUUCCUACGUCCGCGAACAGCUACCUUAUGAAACGCUAAACAUUUGUGCUUUACUUUCAGCGCAUAGAAACAAUUCAACUCCAAUCGUCGCAACAGUCUUAAAAUCCUACAUUUAAUUUACACAAGUACUAGAAAAAGAUCAUCAUGAUAUGACUUUAAAAUCUAUCUGUACUUAGAAAAAUUAUACAGAAUUAGUAGUAAAAUUUGAUUAGUAUAAAACUUCAUUUUAACUCCAUUUAUCCUAAAAGUAAUAAUUCAAUAUACCCUUUUCAUGAUUUGGCUUAUUUUUUUCACAAUUAAUCCGAUAGUCUGCAGAGAGAUAUACAGUGUCUCUAUCACAAACGUUAGUAACAUUAAAAAUUAAAUACAACAGCACCUAUCGUUUGAUAAUUGAUAUACAUAAUAAUAAUAUAUUAAACGGAAUAAAAAAUAUUCAAAAUUCAAAUUAUAUUCGAUUCAAACAAUACCAAUGGAGGGGGAAAAUAAAACAGUCAUAAGCGUAGAUACAACUAUGAAAUGGUCCAAAUAGUUUUUGUUACAUUUUAUACAAUUUAUAAAGGAUUUUCACAAAUAUCACUACUUAUUCCGAUAAGACAACUAACGCUUCACAACGAGGACUUCUUAACACAUGAGAAUGAUCAUGACACUAAACGCUACCGACACUUUUUAAAGAUUCCACUGAAGAAUGUCCAUCUGUGAAACAUUUUCAAACUCACAUUUUCAUUCAACUAGCCCAAGCGAAAUUGUACUUUAAUACUUAGGAAAUAGAAGGAAAGGUUUCACCUUUGAAGAAAGAGGGAAUAAUAAAAAAACUUAUAACUUGGUUUACCUAACUUAAUUUGUAUAAAGUAUAACUUCACAUGGAAAUGUAAGUUUGUAAUGCCUCUCGAAAGGGUCAAUACAAAUUGCAGCAUUUAAAAAAAAUUAUGAAGCAAAUUGAGCUGUAACUCCAAAUAAUAAGGUACUAUUUCGUUUACAUGGAGACGUCCAUUCGUUUCCAUUUAAAUUCAAAGGGUAUACCCUAUGCAGGUAGAGUUAAAACCAUGUCAAAUAUAAUAAAAAGCUGCAGCAAUGUAAACUGACCCCUGAUAGACUUCCACCGUACACUUGACGAGUAACAUCAGUGCAGCAACCAAGCUCAGAUUAUGACUAGACGUAUUACAUAAAAGAUCGACGCAGCUUCGACUAUUGCAACAGUCUAGUAAGAUGGUCCAUACAAGCCUAACGCCGAAUAUACCUGUCACACUCGAGGCAAAGGGCGAACGCUACAAUGUCCGCUUACGAAAAUAAUCAAAACUAACAUUUCGGAUAAAGCUACAUUUUUGAUAUUUUAAAUUUUUUAUGUGGAAAUUAAAGCGUACACUAAAUUGUUUUCCUGUAACAUGUUUUAGGUAGAAACUUCGGUUUCGUUAAAAUAAAAACUUUAUAACAAGCCUUCUGAGGCACUAUGAAGAAGCUUACUUGCAUCGGAAUUUGUUAGGGUCCAAUGCAUGUAUGUUCGCCCCUUGCCUUUUAAAACUGUGUCGAACAAUCUCGAAUGAGAAACGACGCAGUGCUCGCGCCCGCUAGCGCCCUACCGACACACACAUACAUUUGUACUACGCCAGUAUGCUACCCGCUAUCACUAAGGGGACGACUGUCGCCGUUGAACAACACCACGACACCGAUCGAAACAAAAAACUAACUUACUAUACCUACUAAUAUUUAAUGAAAUGCAACUAAUUUCGUAUUUUUUUGGAUCAGACCGUGCGGUUAGAAUACUGAUUUUGACGGGCUAGAACUAAAGUUGCCAUAAGUAGUCAGGAACUGUCCCGAAUUUUGUCUCGUCUCCUGUGCCAAAAUUAGUAAACACUAUAGGGAGCAAAAGUUAAACCAAAAAAAGCGCGUAAAAGUAGUUAUUGUUUUAUUUUCAUUAACCUUUAAAGAAGAAUAGGUACUAAAUGUACUGAAAUUGAUAAAAUUGUUGAUAUCUGACAGACUCUAGCUAGAACUAAUAUUAUAUGAGACUUUAGCGACUACCAAAGUUUUGUUUCAAUCAAAAACGCACUAAAGGGGGUGAUAAUGGGGUCACGAUCUUUACAAAUAAUCCUACUUAUAACUAAGGGUUGAUGUUCAUCGGCGAAACAGUCGAAAGGGUACCACCACAUUCGUAAAAAAACAUACUUCACUACUACGCAACAGUUCACUAUUACAUACAAAAAAUAAACACAGAGUGAAACGGGAUGGGGGUAAACUCAAUGGUAAAAAUAAUGUCUCGCUGAGAAGUUUGUUGGUACAUUGAUGUCACAUUAACCUAACAAGAGUACGCCCGCCCGCUUUGUUCUGUCGAAUCGAACGCCAUUGAGACGCACUAACGCCCACUAAAUGCCUACCUCGCUACAACUCGCCGAUCAGUGAGACGCUCCUGGCACGCCCAUUCAAUAAUAAACACUAUGACACAAAUAAUACGACACUACAGAUUUGUAGACAAGGAACACUACAAUGAUUGCGAGAUCUCCUAAACCGCAACUCUUAGACAGUGGAUCAGAACACUUAGUACGAGUUUCAAACUUAGUCGAUUCGCGUCAACGUCACACCGUAUGGUAAUAGAGGAGCGCCAUCUAGUGGCAAACGCAACGUACUACGUUUACUACAUAGUGAUAAAAAUGCUGUUUAAGUGGACGCGAUAGAGUUAAAAAUACGUCAAAAACUCGAACUAAGCACGCAGAAACAUUAGCCAUCUAACAUUCAGCGCUUACCGCUAAGUAUGUAACAACGAUCUAUACAAACAUUUUAAGUCAGACACAUUUAUUGCACACGAGUGAUGUCACAUUAGGCAGUGUUCGAUUAAUACGUAAUGGUCUCUCAAUAUAAAACUUUUAAAUAGUCAAUCAAGUAUCAAAAAUAACACCCAAUACUCUAUGAGUUCAUAAAGAUAUUUUAUCUUACACGCCCGGCCGUGACUACGGCGAAUCUAAUUUUAGAAUACAUGCAUAGAAAUAGUUUGAUACAAACAGGUUUUAUUAGAAGAGGUAGCGUAAUUCAACGCUUUAGAAAAAAGGAAGGAAUUAAACAAGAAAUUGACUACGAUGUUUUAGAAAAUCUACUCACAAAACUAUACAAGACACGUAUGAUACGUUAGUACCUAAAGACAUUGGCACGCCGCCGGCGAGGUUACUGCAAGCUACUAAGGCCGUUGUUUAUUUUAUUGAAACACUGAAUCACUUUAUUAUUAUAAUAAAGGCGAAGCUAUUUAUUGCAAGUAAAACGCUGUCUCACUGAUCCAACAACAAACUAGCGACUGAGUCAAUAGGACUAAGAUAGAUACAAUUACAGCAUAUCCCGACCACCUAUCGCCGGUAAAAGAUAAACUAACCAAAGCUUGAUAUGCCUAUCUUUUACUGAGACCAGUCUCCGUAGCAUGAGCACCAUAAUUUACAUUAUAUCGCGUAUAAGUGAUAGUGAUAGAUAUAUAAUCAUUGGAGCUUAUGCUAGGAGGGGGAAGGGGGGUAGAAUUAGGUUAUUAAUUAGAAUUGGGGUCCUUCGUAAAGUCAAAGUCCUAGAACUCGGUCCCAAGCGACACACAUACAUUGCAUGAUAUUAUUUAUAUUCCACAUUCAAAAUAUUACCUAAAUAAUAUACAGUGGAGGAAUUUCUAACACUAAUUGGUAAAUGGACGUUUGACAUACAUACUCUUAUCAUCGCGCGAGGACAGAAACAUUCAUAAUUUAUGUAUUCAACUGCCGAACCGUCGAACAUGGCUUUCCGUGCCAAAAUAACUUACAGAAAUGUGGUUUUAGACAAGUUUCAAGCAGCACCGAACACAUUCCACAUUCACGGUUCAUAGAUCCACCAUUUAUUGAUUCAUAGUAUGUUAACAGCAUAAUCGUUAUAGUUAUGACCAAGAAGUGUAAGUUCCUAUCACCACUGAUUUCUUAGUUUGCUGUGAAUAGUACAAAACGUUAAACUGUUAAGUACUUUAUUUUAUAAUGACGGAAGUAGGAAAAAGGCAACGCCUCCUUUAAUAUGACUGUUGGACAAAGAUAAUUUUUAAAUAAGAAAGUAGGUUAUUGUUUAAGCAAAUGCAAAGAGCGAAAUAGGUUAAUUUAGCUGGUAAAAACUAAAAACUAACCUUGGUCAUAUCAAUACCGACAUACUGUUGUGACCAUAAAGCCAAUAAACGAGGAACAGAUCCGACGUAUCACUGAGUGAUUCCUCAACUGUAUAAUAAUUGAAAAGUAAGCGUAAAUCUGCCGACAAACUAUAAUGACAAAAUAUUUAUAUCUCCCGCGACCACCUUCUCUUUAUAAUUCAUCAAAUUUAUUGACACAAUAAGCGUAAGUCCGAAUAUACUUUACCCAUUAAAUUAUUCACAUUAAUUUAUAGAAUCAAUAGUCAAACAUUUAAAACAGAUUCACUUUUUAAAAUACUAUGAAGACGUGAAUGGAAAUAAUGAUUGCACAUACAUACACAACACCCUAGUCUAUAACAUUUAAACGAUUAUCACUCGCACACAUUCCUAAAUUGGAUUGAAUUUGAACUUAAUUCUAUUUAUCAUUCUUCUUUAUGUCUUUAUGACCGUUCUCUUCUCACUGGACACAGCUUCAAACUGGCUACAUUACAUUUUAAGGAAGAUACUAAAUAGUUCUUCGAAGAUAUUCGCGUCACUAGAGACUAUAGUUGAGCAAAAUAAUAAGUAGAAACGACAUCCUACUAUAUAAUCAACAAUAAACUAUCGUACUAACAUCCAGUGAAGAGACAACGACGUUCGGACCAAUCAGCAUGCAACCAUUCACGCCACCGCACAACGAACCUAAUCACUUACACCGCAAGGAUCAAUAUUGCAUGACAACUAUCAUGUACGUACAAACAUACAGGAUACCCCUACAUACAACGAAGAUAGUUAUGUCAAUUGAUUAGCAACCACGCACCGUAUUACUGCGGAAAAAAGUCAUAUCUGCUAUAAGUGGAACAAUGAGGAAGUCAUAAGAAUAUUUCAAUCACACAUGUAUAAGUCGUGUCAUUAAAGAAAUGAAUCGCAAAUGACGACAUUCUGUCCCUUUCGGGCAUGCUAUCCUAAUUAACGUGCAAAAGGGACAGAAUGUCUUGCGUUGACAUUUUCAAUUCCUUUCUUUUGAUGACACGAGUUAUAUGAGAAAAUGGUUUCAGGUUGAAUAAAUACAUUACAAACCAAGCACGAAGCUCCAAAAGUAUCAUGAACAUUAAAAUUUUGUACAAAACAUUGGCUUGCCACAAUUAAAUUUAGCUUUUAACAUAAUAGAUGUUCCAUGUCUAAAGACAACAGAUUUGUAAAUAUUCACGAUCAGUGCAAAAACAUGUGUAAACUAAAACAUAAUAACAUUGAAAACAUUUAAUACCAUAGUUACUUUUGUUUUAGAAUGUUACAUAAUAUUUACCAGGAUGUAACGAAUAGAUUACAUUUUUUUUAUGAACAGUAAAAAUCGAUACAGUUUGGUUAUGUUUUCUGAUAAUUUGUUACAUUUAAAAUAUUUUGAACUUACGUUUAAUAUAAUCAUUCAUUAAUACAAGCGAAAUUGUUCUAUUACAAAAAGACACACCUUUGUUAAUAUAUUUUUCGAAAGAAAUGAUUUUAUUUAUACGAGUUUAUAAAAGUUUAUCAAGCCUGUUUACACAACAUAGAUAGGAGCCAGCUGCUGUAAAAAGCGAUCUAGGUAACUUGUAAUUAAAUCGGCUUUAGAUAUUUCUAUCGGUAAUAUAUUUUCAAUCAAGUUUCUUUUUCAAGCAUUGCACAGAUGGCUAUACCGCCUAUCACAAAGGACGGUUUAUUCCUUCAUUUCACUAUUGCAGCAUUGUGAAUAUUUACUCAAAUGAAUUAGUGACACAAGUAACGGAGGCAAAUAAAAUUUCCAACUGGAUUCUCUCUAAUGGUCUCCGCAUUUCAGUGGAUUUAAAUAAUGACUUGUACUAUUCAGGAGCCGCUACUCUUUUAAUUCCAGCGCGAUGUAUAAAAAGUAGGUACAUGUUAUGACCAUUAAUAAUUUUGCUGGUAAUAAUUUUUAGGUGUAUAUGGUAUUGAUUGCUGUACCAGGGUUUUUUUCCGUCGCUUGUUGCUGUAUGGAUGUUUCUUACAAAGCUAGUGAACUAGUUAGUCACUGAUUGCGCUAAUUACGCUUAUUAUUCCAUCACUAGUUGAGAUAGGGGUGUUACUGAGGCAGUACAUAUCACAACGGCGCAACUAGUUGAGGGGCGGUUAUUUUUCCAUUUGCUUGCUACGACGAUAAUUACUAAACCAGAUUAUUGACAGCUCUAGUUUGGGGUGUUUUGAUUUCUAGGACACUCGUAAUUCAAUCAGUUUAUUGACAGCUCUAGUUUGGGGUGUUAUGAUUUCAAGGACGCUACAUAUUUAAUCAGUUUGUUAGUGACGGCGCUAGUAAUGUGGAUGUUUCUAUCACUAGUUGAGGUAGGAGCUUUAUGGAUCUAAUUGAUUACUGACAGAGCAACUAGUGGCGUAGAGCGUUUAAUUUUUCCGUCACUUGUUGCGGUAUAGCUAUUUGUUUGUUACAACGCCAGUUUUUGUACCAAUUAGUUACUAACGGCACUAGUUACGUUAAUUGAUUAAUCACUAGUUGAGGUAGGCGUGUUACCGACGCGUGUUACAUGGGUCCGAGAGACCGUUGAAUAAAGACCACUCUAUAUGUACUCAAUAAACCAUUUACUAGCCAUAAUGGUAUUUUUACUAAUAGUAUCCCAUCCUAGUAGUUUGUAAGUGAUUGUGUUGUUAACAAGGCGCUUUAGCUGGUCUCCGUUGUGUGUUGUGUGGUAAAGAAAAAUAUGACUGAUUUCUGUGGUUGCAGUCUGUUACUAAGAUCAAUCACAGUCCGUUUAUUUUCAUUUCCCAACCUCGCCGUAGUGUUUGUGAGAUAGGUACCUAGUCUUACUAUCCAUCCACCGAAUUUCUGUACAAGCGUAACUUUCGUUCUCAUCCUUCUCCGUCCGUCCCCGUUUACAAAUGUUGUGUUAAUCUAAUUGCUCCUUCUAGCUUUCAUCCGUGGCGUUGGCGUGGUGACGGCACAGAAAUCGCGGGCGUUAUGCCGGCCAAUGACCCCUCCUCCCAUCCCCGUUCUACUAGUUAUCUUUAUAUGGCCUUGCAGCGCUCCACCUAGAUAGUGUCCGCGUGAUGCGGGCACGGGUGAUGACGAGGGCUACCUGCGACCAAUGAGACCGUUCUAGUUGUAUUCCUAAAGACAUUCCACCGAACUAGCUUUUGAUGACAGUCUCGUAUCUACGUCGUCAGUAAAAGAUAGUGUCGUAAACAAAGUGCUCUAGCUAGCUAGUCUCCAUUGUGUGUUGUGUGGUAAAAAAAAAUGAAUUUUUGUGAUUGCGGUGUGUUAUUCAGAUCAAUGACAAUCCCCUUAUACAUUUGCUAUCCUCGUCGUUUGUGAGAUACCUCCAUUUUUAGUAGUUUCUGUGCGGGCGUUACUCCGAACAACGAAAAAGGUUUUUCAUUAACCUUAUAUACAAAUAGUGUGUUAAUCUAAUCGCUCCUUCUAGCUUGCAUCUGCGGCGUUGGCGCGGUGACGGCGCAGACAUUGCGGGCGUUUCUCCGGUCAAUGACCCCGUUCUCCCAGUUACCUAUAUAUAUAGCGUUGCAGCGCUCCACCUAGCUAGUGUCCGCGUGGUGCGGGCGCGGGCGAUGAGAAGGGCUACCUGCGACCUACGAGAUCGUUCCAGUUGUACUCCUAAAGACAUUCCACCGAACUAGCUUUUGAUGACAGUCUCCUAUCUACGUUGUUGGUAAAAGAUAGUGUCGUAAACAAAGUGCUCUAGCUAGCUAGUCUCCAUUGUGUGUUGUGUGGUAAAGAAAAACUGUUUUACUCCGGCUAUCUAUCUAGCUGAUAUUUUGUGAUUGCGGUGUGUUACUCAGAUCAAUGACAACUCCCCUUAUUUAAAUUUGCUAUCCUCGUCGUUUGUGAGAUACCUCCAUUUUUAGUAGUUUCUGUGCGGGCGUUACUCCGAACAAUGAAAAAGGUUUUUCAUUCUCCUCAUAUACAAAUAGUGUGUUAAUGUAAUCGCUCCUUCUAGCUUGCAUCAGCGUUGGCGCGGUGACGGCGCAGACAUUGCGGGCGUUUCUCCGGUCAAUGACCCCGUUCUCCCAGUUACCUAUAUAUAUAGCGUUGCAGCGCUCCACCUAGCUAGUGUCCGCGUGGUGCGGGCGCGGGCGGGGCCGCGGACGGCGCGCGCGCGGCGACGCGUGCUACCUGCGUCCGAUGAGACCGUUCGAGUUGCCGCCCGUCGUGGGGCUCAUUUCCAGCUCCACUAGCAGCGGGAAGUGAUCUGCGUCAUACAAGAGACACACUGGUUAACUUAGAUUAAAACAAAAUGGGAAGAUACAGCACUCGCGGCUCAAAAGUGAUCCGCUUAAAUUGUGGUGCAUGACCGUAAUUCGCUUGAGUCACAAUUCAAACACGCUGCAUGUGCACUUAAUAUAAUAAUAUUGCGUUUAUUCUGUGUUAUGAAGAUAAAACAAUGCCUUCGAUGCUUCUAUAAAGAACACAAAUAAUUCAUCAUUAAUUGUACAAUAUGUACUGACCUGAAGGUAUGUGCAGAUGGGGGCAGCCCACCACCUUAUGCUCUCGGAAGCUGUCCUGGACAGCAGCCCCAGCAGUGUCAUCGACUGCUCGCUGUACAAUAUGUACUGACCUGAAGGUAUGUGCAGAUGGGGGCAGCCCACCACCUUGUGCUCUCGGAAGCAGUCCUGGACAGCAGCCCCAGCAGUGCCAUCGACUGAUCGCUGUACAAUAUGUACUGACCUGAAGGUAUGUGCAGAUGGGGACAGCCCACCACCUUGUGCUCUCGGAAGCUGUCCUGGACAGCAGCCCCAGCAGUGCCAUCGACUGCUCGCUGUACAAUAUGUACUGACCUGAAGGUUUGUGCAGAUGGGGGCAGCCCACCACCUUGUGCUCCCGGAAGCUGUCCUGGACAGUAGCCCCAGCAGUGCCAUCGACUGCUCGCUGUACAAUAUGUACUGACCUGAAGGUAUGUGCAGAUGGGGGCAGCCCACCACCUUGUGCUCCCGGAAGCUGUCCUGGACAGUAGCCCCAGCAGUGCCAUCGACUGCUCGGUGUACAAUAUGCACUGACAUGAAGGUAUGUGCGGAUGGGGACAGCCCACCACCUUGUGCUCCCGGAACCAGUCUUGGACUGCAGCCCCAGCAGUGUCAUCGACUGCUCGGUGUACAAUAUGUACUGACCUGAAGGUAUGUGCGGAUGGGGGCAGCCUACCACCUUGUGCUCCCGGAACCAGUCCUGCGACAGCGGCCCCAGAAGCCCGAGCGGCGUCAUCGACUGCUUGCUGUAGAAUAUGUAGUCGAUAAUGCCUUUGAAGUCGAACCUGCAAUGGAAAAAAUACAAACACACGAUAAAUAAAAUAGCUGACAAUAAGCUAGUUGCCUAUAUUUUAAAAAGUGGUUAAUAAUAUACCUUGAUGUUUAUUUAACUCCAAAAAAUAUUAUUUUAAAUAGUACAUUAGCAAUAUGUAUUUUGUAUUUUAAAAAACUUAUUCAAUUUUCCCUCGAAAAUGCUCUAGACUGUCAUGGCGUCUUGAAUGACGUCACUCCGUGCAAAGCAAACAAUACGCUGUACGCUGACUAUUAAAAUUAUUUAGUUAAAAAUGAAUCCAUCAAUCAUCCAUCCAUCCAUACAAGUACUGUAUAGUGUCCUAGUAUAAAAGGAGAAGCAUAAAACGCCAGACAAAUUAUUUAUAUGCCACAAAUGCGGAAAAAAUGGUUAGAAC